AUGUCGAGAAUUGGUUUGGCGUUUUCUGGCGGCGGUAUCAGGUCAGCAGCUUUCUGUUCCGGAGUCCUGCGCAGAUUACUGCAACUCAAAGUGAAAAUUGAAAACAUGAGCUGCGUGUCAGGGGGCGGUUUCACAGGUACAGCCUACCUGGAUUGGAAAUAUCGGAAUGGGCAAAAGGACAAUCCUAAAUGGCAUCAGGAAUUCUUUAAUCAAAUGAGAGAGAGAACUGGCUAUUUCUGUAAUUGGCAAAGCCUUGUUACAGGUUUGGUCGAUACAGUGCUAGUUACUACGAUAAUAGCACUCGUGUCCGUGAUUCUACCUGCUCUUAUCUGGAUGACCUAUGCAUUUCCUCUUGCAUACCUGGUCGAUUUCUUAGUUGGAGAUCUGUUACGAGCCACUUCGCAUGCGCAUAAACGCAACGCUCCGGACCUUGUUUACCAAAGAAACGUUCUGUUCGCCAGCCUUUUGGUGACGAGCGUUCUUAGUUUCAUAGUUGGGAGCAUUAUUCCGUGGGCAUACAUUUUUAGGCUCAUCUCAACUUCAGCGCUGGUUAUUCUUGCUCUUUGUGUCUUUCCUUGGGCAAUUCACGCCAUUCUAGAGAACGCACCUACAUUGAUACAAUUUCUGGUGCUUAUCCUCGCUGCUAUUGUUUGGCUUGGUUUUCCAGCAUUCCGCCGACGAGCUGAAAUAGUUAUGGUGCUGUUUGCCUACGCGUUUGUCAUUCACUUCCGUGUCUACAAGCAUCUCUUUGGCGGUUUGGAGUAUUCUGACUACACCUUUGAUGUCCUUAUCUGGGUUUCUGGUAUACUACUUUGGAUACUACCUUUUCUUGGGGCAAUUCAGCAGAGACUCAUGAACGUUUUUAACCGGUAGGUUAGCAGGUAAUAUCAAUGAAAGGAGAGGUCGGGGUGGUGAGACCCGCGUAUGGGUUCAUCUAAAAACUGAAAAGCUUUGGAAACGUAAGGAAAAGGCUCUGAAUGGAGAGGAGAAAGGAGAAUGGAAUGGAGAGGAGAAAGUGUAUAAUUUGAAUAGGGCAAAUAUGUUUUUACAUUACGUGACAUUUUGAUUCCAAUUUUCCAAAGUUGUUAUGAUCUAUUGACGUUUGAAGGAACGAGUGUUUCUUUUUCAUGAAACUGAAAAAUAAUGCAUUGAAUACUAAAAAUAAAUUCAGGGGAUGUCAUCAACUUAUAGCAGUGGACCACUCUCCUCCACGGUAAAUAGAUGGUUUCUUCCUGGACCCCCUCCCCCUUCCCUCGAUCAGAAGGGAUCAGUGUACUACACUGGCCAAAAAAGAACAUAGGCAUUGCUGGCAUAACAGAGGUCAAAUUAAUUGGGCAAAUUUCCUAUCAGUAAUACUUAACUGUCCCCUGAAGGGGAGGUGAAUAGUGGUGAGUGUACCGCGACGCGAAGGGUCGAGGUAUUUAUCUAGCACUGUUCACCGACCCUGCGGGGGGUGGUUGUUUUAGUAUUUAUUUACGUGGAUAUUUAUAAUAUUAUAUGCGUUUACUUUCUAGUAACGGCCCUAGAAAUAAAUGAUUAUAGACUGUAAAUUGAUGUAUGUUUGCUAUGCGUCAGGUGGCGUCUGCAAAAGGCAUUCUAUACACCUCAGAGUGUGGGUGAGACUGGUUGCUCUGGGAUUGGAUGGCACGACUUGAUUCUCACUUACCCCAGGUUUAUAUCAAAGGAACGAAAGAUCUUAAACGUGGCAGACUUUGAAAAUAUAUCUCCGUAUUACAUCUGCAACACAACUGUGAAUAACUGGAAAAGGACACCAUACGAUGAAGAAUCGUACGAGCUGCUCACACUCACUCCACGAGAAAUACAACGGCUGGACAGCCCGUACGAAGAGGACAACUUCAUGGACAAACUAGAGCCUGAAGAUAUCAGACUGUCUGAGGCAAUGGCUUUGUCAGCAGCUUCCCUGUCACCUCACUUGAGGCUGGUGGUGGGAGACACCAGUCAAGUGAAACAUUUGGGCACAGAUUUGAUGAUAAUUGUAGGGGCCGCCAUGGGGACAUCUAUUUUGUCAGAUCUGCAAACAGAAGGAAGAAAAAAUAUGCUCUACAAAGUAAGAUAGAUUACGUCUGGCAGAGAUUUCCAACUAACUUUAAUUUACAAUAAGUGUGUUACUUCUUGCUAACGGUUUCUGUUAAAAUUUAAAAAAACAAAAUACAUUUUGGCGCAGGCGCAGUAUCUGUUGCAGAGAACUUAUUAGGAAAUGCUAUACUGUUAGGGCCUAAAGGUUAUCUUCGGGCUGCAGUGCACAAUUCUUUUUUCAUGGGUGAGAGGGACCUCUCAGCACAAAUUGGGAUCAGCAAAACUAAAACGAAAUAGGUACCCUUGAAAGCUUGAUAUUAUCGGUUGCGGUCCAACCUGGGUGUUUUAGUCAAUGUCCGCAGAUGGAAAUUAAAUUUUUAUCAGAUUUACUCUUAUUUUUUUCAGAUUUUACCACUUUUAAUGGAGACUUUGCGUGCGCUUCCCUUGAUCGUAUUCCCCAUCCUAUACUUUGUCGAUGGAGACGAGAAAUGGAUGACCAUAGCAGUUUUCUUUUACUUGGGAAUAAUCUUUACGUUAUCGUUUAUUGCGAUGAUUCCCACUGGAAAAGAAAAACCAGGGCCACUAGAAAAGCUUACAAGGUACAGUGUAUGUCAUAUAUCAGUUUUGAAUGGUCUGGUGUUCUUUUUUUCAUUAUCUUACUAAGCCAAGAAUACCAUAAGCAAUAGGAGUAGACACCUUAAUUUAUUUAUUUAUAAACUUCGCCAAGGGGCCUGAAUCACUCACAGAGCAAGCUCCACUACGAGAUCCAUCAAAAAAAAGACAAUUAGUAAUACAACUAACAAGAAUUACAAUACCUUAGUAACGACAAAAAAGGAAAUGCCAAUGCAAAAACAGAAUUGGGGAGGACACCGAUAAAAAAAUCAACAACACAUACGAUCGAGCAAGUUGUUCAAUGGCCGACUAGUGUGGCACUUAAUACACACACUCUCAAAGGUCUGCGGGGUGUCGACAUCAUAAACAGGCUUAGUGAGAUACAAGUAAUAACUACUGAACAGUCAGUGUUCCGGAGGUGGGUUGGUAAAGUAUUCCAGAUUCUUGGGGCUCUACAGUAAAAACUGUUCUCAAAGGUGACGGUGUUGGCCCUAAUUGUAUUCAACAGCGUACCCUUGGAGGAGACAGUGUGCCUGGGUCUAGUGGAAUUCAUGACUGAAAUAAAAGGAUCCGAUAGACAAACUAAAAAUUGAAUACGUACACCAAAUAUAAAAAUUCGUGCCAAUAACAUAAUAGUAGUAGCCCAAUUUUCAAAAGCCUCUGCUUGUAACUAACUUCAGACCGAUACGCCAAAGACAGAAUGAAUUUUGUUGCCGCCGCUGAAUUCUUUCGAUGUCAAGGAUAACAUGAACAGCUUGAGGAGCCCACACCUGCGAGCAAAUGAAUCCAGUAUUCCUUGGACCUCAACAGUGCCCCUUAUGAGCAAACACUCAGAGGCAUAACAGUAAUUUUAUAAAAGGUUCAUUGCGUUUUGUAUUUGGGUGGGGCUAUAUACAGCGCUUAUUUUCAAAAUAUACGAUUUUUCACCAAAAUUAAGUAACAAAUCAAUGAAAGCCUAGCCUAAGAAAACAGACGACAUUUCGUGACACCAACAAAUGAUGUCCCCGCAAAAAGACGAGUGAGAAUUAUAACGAGCCCAGAAAUUCCAUACUGAUGACGCGUCACUGCUAAGAUCUAGGUGGUGAUGCGUCAUCAGUUUGGAAUUUCUGCGCUGGUUUCUUGACGUCAUUUUGCAGGGAAACUGUUGGUGGUGUCGCAAAAUGUCGUCUGUUUUCUCAGGCUGAUGAAAGCCUGACUUAUUAAUCGUUGUAUUCUUUUUCAUUCUCUUCUAUCAGGUGGUUUUUAAUUAAUGUACCCUACGUACGCUUUAUACGAGACAUGACGGGGAUCGUCAACGUUGGCCCAUCACCCCCUCCAGUUAUGCGCAUCAGUGAUGGCGGUCACACUGAAAAUCUCGGCUUGUUACCUCUGCUCAAGCUACGAUUAGAAAAAAUCGUUAUCGCCAACGGAACAGAAUGCAAAUCAGACAAAAAUUAUGGUAUUGAGUUACUUCACUCAUUAGAACUGGCCAGAAAAAAGCUUCAAUGCUCUUUUACUUCUUUAGACGGCCGUGACGUUAUGGAAGAUAUCCGGGCAAACUUUGUGGACAAGAAACAAGGCGAGCAGCCAAGAAGCUACACGUAAGUACAUUCACUUUCAUAAACUAAGCUGUCUGUAAAACCCAGAUCAAGUUCCUUGAAUUGUAGGCGAGUGAAUCCCUGCUGAAUUCAUUGUUUACCUUUUUGGUAAUUAGCAUACAAGUUAACCUAUAGAAAACGUCGCCAAAAGUUGAAAGAGCUGGUUAAUUUCAGCAGUUUGUGCAAUUUCCAACUCUUUGCAAGCAAUACUAAGAAAAUAUAAGCAAUCAAAUACUGCGAAGUUGCUGGGUGGCAAAAACUUUAAUGAGCAGAUACAUUAAUUCUUUGUAAAUGUUUGUCGAGUGUUUUCAAACAAACUUUAUCCGAACAUUUUUAGCUAAAUCAGGCUCGUGAGUUUCCAGUUAUAAAUGAAAAAAGUUAUGCUCUGUCCAUUAUAUACGUUUGACGCCGGUGUAAUUUCUAUCAACAGGUUUAAAGUUAGUUACUACUCAGCAGACAAUGAUGACGGUAUCGAAAGGAUGGUUGGAGUAGGGCAAAUUCUAUUACUCGCUCCUCGGCAUCCUAGUAAGGGAGUGCGAACUAAAGAACGCGUUUCAUGGAAAAUAGCGUUGCGUGACAUUGAUGUUGAUCUUGAAGCUGGUCAGUGGGGAACCGGGCCUACGCUAAAGGCAGAAGAAGUUGACCGCUUAACUUUUUGUUGCUGUGAGUGCUGCCAUGGUUCACCCUGCCGCUCAGCCUCACAAUGGUGUUGUGGCUCCUUCCCAGGUCACAGCAAUGCGAAUCAGUUUUUCACACCUUCCUUGUUUUCGGCUUAUCAUCGUGAAGGCUAUCGAGCAUGUAUGGAGGCGAAGGCAGCAGAGUUUCUCUCCACAUAA